AUGCCCCUCAGUCGAGUGUUCAUUAGUGUAUUGGUCAGGUUUCAGAAGCAGAAUGUUGUGCAACACGUAUAUCGUCAAGGAAUGAAUACACUGUUAUUGAAGAACACAUUUUUUGGGGAUGACUGUGACCACAAUAAUGGCACAAACGUCAAUUUUAAAGUUGGCAUUCUCCAGAACGGCAUAACUUUAUAG